ACGGUGUCGGAGCGUGUCAGGAUCCUGCGUGUCUGCAUUGUCACGAGCGCCAUGGGCAGGCUAGUGCUCGUGUUCGUGCUGCUGGGCGUGUGCGUGGCCAACAAAUGGAAGAGGAAUUUUAGGUGUCCUUCGGGAUGCUCCUGCACCAAAGAGAGCAUCAUGUGCGUGGGCAGUGGCGGCUCGCACGUGCCGAGGACCAUCCCCAGUGACGUCACCUCACUGAGCAUCGUAAACGGCUCCAUGGCAGACAUCCCAGAGGGGAUGUUUUCUCUCAUGCCUUCCCUGCAGCUCCUGCUUUUAAAUGCAAAUUCUUUGACGACGAUUAAAGACAACGCAUUCCAUGGACUCCCACAUCUGGAAUAUUUGUUCAUUGAAGGGAACAAGAUUGAAAGCGUGGCCAAAAAUGCCUUCCGAGGUCUCCGAGAUGUAACUCACCUGUCCCUCGCCAAUAACAAGAUAAGGUUUCUGCCAAGAGAUCUAUUUCUUGACUUGAAUUCCUUGUUGGAACUAGACCUGCGGGGCAACCUUUUCCAGUGCAGCUGUGAGAACAAGUGGCUGAUGACAUGGCUAAAGAACACCAACGCCACAGUGUCGGAAGUGUACUGCGCGGGCCCCGCUGACAUGAAGGGCAAGCGAUUCAAUGAUUUCCCUAUCGCACCAGGCCAGUGCAUGUCUACAGACUUUGUGCGUCACCAGUCUAUUCCCAUCCAGUCUAUGUCUGCAGACAUCUUCUCCUUUAAAGACGACAUCUACGUAGCCAUGGCCGCGCCCAACUCCAACAGCUGCAUUGUCAUGGAAUGGGAUCACAUCGAAAUGAAUUUCAGAAAAUUUGACAACAUAACAGGUAAAUCUGUGGUCGGGUGCACAUCGGUUCUGGUGGACGACCACAUCCUGAUCAUCGUCACGCAGCUCUUCGGAGGCUCUCAUGUCUACAAGUUUGACGAUCAACAGAACCAGUUCACCAAGUUCCAGUCCAUGGAGGUCUUCAACAUCUCCAAGCCAAACGACAUCGAAGUGUUCCGCGUGGACGGCGAGUGGUACUUUGUGAUAGUAGACAGCUCCAAAGCGGGCCUGUCUACACUUUACAAGUGGACCCACCAACCGGACCGCAACCAAACAGGUUUCUACACCUACCAGUUCCUCCACGAAUGGUUCCGCGAUACGGAUGCAGAGUUUGUGGAAGCGGACGGGAAGUCCUACCUGAUUUUAGCCAGCCGCUCUCAGCCACCUGUCAUCUACCUGUGGAACAAGAGCACGCUCAAGUUCAUGCUCCACGGUGAUAUCCCCAUCGUUGAAGACGUGGUGGCCGUCAAAGCCUUCCGUCUAGAAGGUGACUUGUACCUGGCCAUGACCUGCUACAUCGGCGACUCCAAAGUCCUGAAAUGGAGCAGUAAGCAGUUCACAGAGGUGCAGGCUCUACCCUCUCGAGGGGCGAUGGUCCUCCAGCCCUUCUCCUUCGGGGACAAACACUACCUGGCUCUUGGCAGCGACUACUCCUUCACUCAAAUCUACCUCUGGGACUCCCAGACCAAAACCUACCACAAGUUCAAGGAUAUCUACGUACAGUCUCCACGCUCUUUUACGGCCGUCACCACCGACCGCAGGAAUUUCAUCUUCUCUUCCAGCUUUAAGGGCAAGUCCAUGGUGUUUGAACAUGUUAUAGUAGAUUUAAGUUUAUAAGGCUAGUGGCCUUGCAAUGAAAUUCUCUGUUAGCUUCUUUAUGCAACUAAACCAGACCUGGGCAAAUGAAGGCCCGGGGGCCACAUGCGGCCCGUUAAGCUUUUCAAUCUGGCCCGCCGGACAUUCCCAAAUAAUUUUUUUUAGAUGUUUAAGAUGGAAACUGUAGCUGCCAUUAUGAUGUGCACUCAUGUUUUCUAAUGACCGUAAGUCUUUAACUAUACUAAGUAUUUCAAUGGUUGGAAUCUGCGCUUAUGGAUGAUAUACCAGUUACUAUGGUCAUCUAAUUAGUUACUAUGGUUAUCUAAUUAGUUAAUAUGGUCAUCUAAUUAGCUACUAUGGUAAUCGACGUCACAGCAGCUCAGACGAGGCACCAAGCAGUGUGGGUGGGAAGCGUUUCCACAGACGCGGAAGGAGAUUUUCACGACAUAGUUCUAAAGCUGUCAUGUCUGUGUAAUCAUGUUUUGUUUUAAGUCAUGUUUUGUUUAGUUUCUGGCUUUUCACUCCCUUGUCUUGUUUGCAUGAUUACCCAUUAGUUUCACCUGUUCCACGUUUGGACUCAUUGUGCACUCUUGUUUGUCACCAUAGCAACAAGGGCCGGCCCGUGGCAUAGGCCGUAUAGGCAAAUGCUAAGGGCGCCGUCCAUCAGGGGGCGCCACGCCAGUGCCACAAAUGUUGGAGAAAAAAAAAGAAAAAAGUUGGUACUAUUAUUUCUAAAUACAAAAAAUAAUCCCACGUUAAUUAAAAUGCAAAG